AAACUCUUCGAUACAAGAUGUUGGCACCCAUUCAAAAGGAGAAUUAAUACUUAAUAGAUAUUUUUGCUCCUGAAAACCCUUGCGCCAACAUGCUAGGUAAUUAUUGUUGGAAAUCUAGACCUUGGAUCCUACAAUUAAUCCCUGCAGCCCUGCAGCGCAGCCCCUUCAGCCGUCUGAAGGGGUUGAAACACCAACCACAUGCUUUAGUAUCAAAGUAUGCAGGUCUGAAAGUCAUGGAAGGGGGGGUAUUCUACAUAUCACAUUUGUUUACCUUACCCCGGACUCUACAAGAUGUCUCUACUGGCUCGGUAUUUCUAAAAAUUACCCCUUUCCAUGUCGAUUACUUAUCUCAUAUGACAAUCCUCCGUGACUACUACACCUUGAUCCGUUUCGUGUGGCACAUUUGGAGUUUACUACCAACUCAAGCUUCACAACCCAAGUGAGAGGUCAUAUCUUCGAAAAAUGUUCCCAAUUUGGCGACAACUUGACCGAGGACUUCUCCUGAGGUGUCAGGAGUCGGUCCGAUAUCACUGGAAUAUAACUUAAACUAUGCAUCCAAUUUGUUUUACAAGCUUUCAUAACUUCAGCCAUCGUGAUACUAUAGCGCUGCCAUCGUAAGCCCGUGAACUUCAUCGCCAUGGCAAGCCAAGACCAACAAAUAAACGAACGACAUACUUGUUUAUGCCCCGAUCCACAUGACAAUAAUCUCGCUGACGAAUAUCUCCAUUACUCCGGCUGUUUGAGAGUUACUGAAAGAGAGCAUUAUCUUGAUACACUACCAGCACAUUCACAGCAGUACAUCCUUGGGGAAAUAGGUCGAACGGAGAAAUUACGGGCAAAACUACAUACGCACCCCGGAAGUAAUAAUGCACAUCGACUCCGCCGCUUCAUAGGAGAAUAUAGAAAAUAUAAGAAGAGAAACCCCUUUCCAACAAGGGAAUCCGGUGUAGAUGGGUCAACUGGAUCUCAAAACCUUUCCGCAGACUCUCUUGCCCAAGCACCAGUCAUAUUUUUCAAGGAUGGUAAAUCGUGUAGCAUUCCUGGACGCGAUAACCAUUUUCCUCGCCAAAAAUUUCCAGUUGAGGAACUCCUCACCGAAAAUGCAGCGACCAACCCAUUAAUGCAACAUGACGAGGAGGCAAUUCGAUAUUUCCAUCUACCCGCAAACAAUAUGGGUUGGGUAGAGGAGGCUAUUGCAAGAUACUAUAGCGGUGCUAGUCGCAGCGGAGAAGCCAUCACGGAAAUAAUCUUGAAGCCAGAGCUAUGGCGAGCACAAAGAUGCUUCGACUCGAAUUCUGAGGUACACGCCCGUCACAUGAAAGCAUUCUGUGAUAUCAUUCCUUCUAGUACCGAAGAGACUCAGUCAAGUAAUAUGGUGCUAUUUAUGCCUUACCUCCACUGGGAGACGGAUAAAGGUAGAAAUCGUACCGCGGAGAAGAUCGAGGAGGCCAAUAAGACACAGCAAAAGAAGGAGGAGGAGGAAAAUAAGAGAGCUUCGAUGGAAAUGGCGGAUAUCGUUCUAAGUCAUCAACGACAAGUUCACCCAUCACCUCUUACGCCGACCACCAACAUCAUCGCAAAUGCCUCAAGCGAAGAAGCGGAAAGCAGCGACGCUGACCUACUGUCAGCAAUUGAUUUAAGAACUAGGAGAGGAAGGAUGAAAUUAUUCGGUCUUAUCCUGCUAACAGCAGCCGAGAUCUUCGACACUAUGGAUUUUAUCACAGAAGAAUCUCUUAUCACAGAAUAUCUUCAUAAAGAUCAGCAAGCACCACUACAUCCACGAAGGACUCUAGACCAAUUCUAUUAUAGUUCCUUGAGAAGUACCAAGACCAGAGAUCGAGAUCAGGUUGUUUAUCGGGCAACUUGUCAAGCACCUCCCCAUGAGGGUUGUGGGCGAAGAUGCUUGAUAUGCCGAGCAGAGAGUCGGAAGGUACCCCGUUUAAUUAUGGUAGACCAAUUAUGGCUUUGGGUAUUGGACGAUAACACAAUAAUAACGAGCUUCCCACGCCGAUGGGAAACUGUCAGAUUAGACACCUCAGAUGUACACGAAGCCGUCCGGAUCAGACUAGAAAAUGUAGGGAGAAACACCAUUAAGUCUGCAUAUGACAUCGCUCUCAUCGUCAUCGACGAGUGCUCGCGUGUAUUCUUCGAUAGGGCUCUUGAUAAGAGACCGAAACUGGUCGACAUCUUCGCAGAUGCCAUCGGCUGCAUUGCUUAUAAACAGACCGCUGCUUUUGACCGUUUCCUCAUCUACUCACAUAUUGUAUCUCGAGAAUUUAAGAAGGGGCGAUGCCAUGACGAAGCAACACAGCACAUAUUGCUCAAUAUCAAAUCCGAGUGCGAACUUCUAAAAGAAGUAAUGGAUAUAAUAGACGAGCUGAAGAUCAUGAUUCGUAUCAUGGAAGAGCAGCUCAUGGUGAUAGAAACGUUCAUUAAACAAUUUGAACAGCUAUCGUCGUCGGAGACCUCCUUGACAGCAUCCUCGAGAAAGUCCACGCUCAUUUGCGCGAAACGCUUGCAAACUUCUGUUAGAAGCAGGACCGGGGAGAUGAAAACCCUUUUCGAAUUAGCAAGGAAGAGUGCCGACGCUCUCAAAGAUCUAUUGGCUCUUAAACAGCAACAAGCUAGCGUCAUAGAAGCUCGGGAAGCAGUCAGAAACGGCGAAGAGGUUUAUAAGCAAGGGCAGUCUAUCAUGCUAUUUACAGUCAUAACCAUCAUAUUCCUUCCCUUGUCAUUCAUGUCCUCUCUAUUCGGAAUGAACGUUGUUCAACUAAAUAGUGGGACUCUGACCUUCACCGAGGAGUUCAGAUACAUGUUCCCCAUCGGCGCCGGAGUUAUAGUUAUAUCAUUCUUCCUCGCAUUCAACUACGGUACAUUUACGAAUGCAAUCACAAGACUCCUUAGGUCCGCUUUUUCCUUUGCCUACAAUAUCGGAUUUACCUGGCUUGCAGUACGCACCGGGUGGUAUAUGAUGGAGAGUAAGAUCACAAGAAAAACCAACUCGCUUCGGAAUAGGGAAGUGGGCAUUACGAGCGGCAUGAAAGCGGAAGCAUUGCGUAACGAGAAGAAUAUCCGUCAGAUGCGUGCUAGUCACGAAUUGAUCAAACAUAUGGGUAAAGAACCUAGCAUAAGCCGGAGAUCGACGUUCAGUAGCCUAGAGCACAACAGCCUCAUGAGAGGAAGGUCUCCCUCGAGCGAAGACCUAGAGCAGGGAUUUAAGUAGUAGGUUAAGGGUUUUCCAAAGAUUCGGAUGAGUUGUAUGUAAAAUACUAAGAGCAUAUGAAGAGUUUAGAGCGUGAAUGUCAACAUUU